AUGGCUUUCAAUGGGACCUAUGAGCUUCAAACCCAAGAAAAUUUUGAAGCUUUCAUGAAAGCCAUAGGUCUUCCUGACGAACUGAUCCAGAAAGGAAAAGAUGUCAAGAGUGUAACAGAGAUUGUACAAAACGGCGAUCAUUUUGUGGUCACGGUGACUACAGGUCCCAGGGUCCAACGUAAUGAGUUCACUAUUGGUCAGGAGACAGAGAUGGAAUCUUUGACAGCUGAAAAAAUAAAGACUACUGUUAAUUUGGUGGAUGGAAAACUCGUCGUAAACAUUAAAGGGGUCACUUCUGUCACUGAGGUUUCAGGAGAUAUUCUUAUCAAUGUUCUGACUCUAAAUGACAUUGUCUACAAGAGAAUCAGUAAGAGAAAAUGAGAGAAAUAACAAUGGCUUAUGACUAAGGGUAAUGCCACGACUAAGGGUUGCCAGGACCCGAAACACGUCAGCAUUAACUGAUCUUACUUCAAUAAAGAUACAUCAGUUUUUCUGCACUUUCUGCUGCUGGACAAAUCAUUUAUUUUACAUUAGAUCCAA